UUAAAAUAGUAAAAUUAGCUGCAACCAGUCUAUAUCAUGAACUAAAAUUGGAUGUAACCAGUCUCUAUCAUUAAGCUUAUAUAUCAUUAUUAUAUGAAUGCAACAUGACAUAAAUACAUGUAGUUCACUUAUUGUGUUUCAGAGAUCAAUAUAUAGUUGAUGUUGAAUGCAUGCUACUUAUAAAUUGUAUUUCUCUAUUUCCAUCCACCAUGCAACUUUCCAUAUUGGUGUAAAAGACAAAUUAAAAAAAUUUGAUGCUUCUUAGUAAGAGAGUACAGAACAGAACCUUCAAAACUGAUCUACAUUUCAUGCCACCAGAAACAUAUAGAAUCUUCUCAAUUACUGCUUUCUUACCAUCCUUCCUAUGAAUCACAACAUUUUCUCUGCAAUGGUGUAGAAUCAAAUGAAUAAUCUCAUCAAUUAAAUGGUUAGAAAAAACUAAGACAUUGAACUGGUUAAUGACUUUCACCGUAUGAAAGUAAAUAAACGUUUGUAUUGUACCGAUACCUGCGAUCCCAACAUUGCUAACAUGCACGAUGUCUAAAGUGCCAUAUAUCUUCAAGGUGAAAGCAACUUGUUCAAUGAUGGUAACUCACUUUUUCCAAACCAAUUGAAGUUGCAACUUGAAGACCCAAUUUCAUCAUUGACAUCUGCUAUCUAUAACUACGAAUGCUAUAGUCUACUUUUUUUUCUCUCGGUUUUGGCACUUCUUGUCCAACAAUUCAGUUCAACAACAAUUCCUCCUACUCCUACUUCUUUGAUGAUGAUGGCAACCCCAAGAGCAGAUAACCAAAUUGAAGAAGUGGAAGCAGAUCUGCAUGAAAUUCAACCUGUAUUAGAAGCAAAUGAAGAAAUCCAAAUCCAACCAGCAUCCACUGAGUUCGACGACUACUCCCGCUACUUUGAUGUUGAUGGCCGCACCAAGAGAAAAGGAACAUUUUGGACAGCAACUGCUCAUAUCACCACUGCUGUGAUAAGCUUAGGAGGAGUCCUUACAUUGACAUGGGCAAUGGCGCAGCUUGGGUGGAUCUUUGGACCGAUUGCAAUGGUUCUGUUCACAGCUGUCAACUGUUACACUUCCAUCCUGUUAACACACUGUUACAGGAGAGAUGAAUCGGUUACCGGACGGACAAAUAGUUACACAUACACCGAUGCUGUCAAGUCUAUCUUGGGAGGAAGACAUGUCCAAAUUUGUGGCCUAUUUCAAUAUCUGAAUAUCUGUGGAAUUGCAAUUGGAUUCACAAUUGCUGCCUCAACUAGUAUGAUGGCCAUAGAAAGGACACAUUGUAUGCAUGUGGCUCAAGCAAAAGAUCCAUGUGAUGUAUCUGGUAAAUCUAGGAUGUACAUGAUAUUAUUUGGAUUGGUCGAAAUGGUACUUUCUCAUCUCUCAAAUUUAAAUAAAGUAUCAUGGCUAUCCAUAAUUGCAACUAUCAUGUCCCUCAUUUACUCUGGAAUUGGACUUGGUUUAGGCAUGGCCAAAGUAGCAGAAAAUGGAAUUAGUAAAAGAAGCUUAACAGGAAUUAGCACCGACACAAUCCCUCGCGCACAGAAAAUAUGGAAGAGAUUACAAGCUUUAGGGGCAAUAGCUUUUGCAUACUCUUUCUCCAUUACACUCAUUGAAAUUCAGGACACCAUAAAAUCUCCUGCUGAGCAUAAUACAAUGAAAAGGGCAUCUGUGGUGAGCAUCGUGAGUGUUACAGCAUUUUAUCUACUGUGUGGAAGCAUAGGUUAUGCAUCCUUUGGAGAUUAUGCACCUGAAAACCUACUGGCCGGGUUUGGUUCCUUUUACUAUGACCGCCUAUAUUGGCUUGUCGACAUUGCCAACCUCGCGGUUGUUGUACAUUUGAUUGGGGCAUACCAGGUAUUUUCGCAACCACUUCUUGCGUUUGUCGAGAAUUGGGUUGCACAUAGGUGGUCUGGUAGUGAAGUUUUCACAGAGGAUGGACUGUCAGUAUUUCGUCCAAUAUGGAGGACCAGCUUUGUUGUAUUCACAACCUGCAUGGCCAUGGCAUUUCCUUCCUUCACAUAUAUAAUUGGAACAUUAGGAGCUUUCGGGUUCUGGUCCUUGGCCGUUUAUCUCCCAAUUACAAUGUACCUAUCAGAGAAAAAAAUUCUGAGAUGGACUAGAAGCUGGGUAGGACAUCAGAUGCUCAAUGGAUGUGUCCUCAUGAUUUCGAUACUUGCUGCUAUUGGAACGAUUGUAAGAUCGUUUGAUGUAAACUGAAAACUGUUUGAUUGUAAUCAAUUUUAGAUUGUAAUUUCAGGUUUCAAUUUAAUGUUGUAAUCUCCCCCUUUGGUUAUGUA